AUGGGAAUACCUGAUGGUUCACUCCUAGAUCUGAUUGUUAAAGUUAGGUCUUGGAUAACUUCUGAUCCAAGCGAUUCUUCUUUGUACUUAUCUUCUUCCAAAAACUUUGAAACCAUGCCUAUCAUUUCCAAAAUGUGUAAUGAUUGUGGAGCCAACCUCCACCAAGGUGGCUACUAUUGCCUCAGCUGUGGCCAUUUGUGGUGCAAGAGCUGCUACUCUGAGUCUGAUACAGAGGAGAGGCAAGAAGAUUGCAAGAGGCUUUGCAGAGAAUGUGAUGGUGAAGUUCUUGAGUUGAGAGGAAAGGGUUAUGAUAAGGUUCACCCUCGUGAUAGCCCUGAUCCACCUUUCUUGGAUUGCAGGAACAUUGCUUCUAUUCGUUGCUAUCCUAGCAGGGGAGAGGAAGAGCAUUUUCUAAGCCCUUCUAGUGAAUACUAUCAGGGAAGUUCAGAUGUAGAGUCAGGUAGUGUUAGUGCUAGGCAUGAGCAUUUUAGUUGUAAAUCUUCUGCUGGGUCCAGUCCCCAUGACAGUCCAUUAAGGAACAAUUUUAGUCCUCUUGGGCGCUUUGUACAGCACGCCAAAGACCUGAGUCCAAGAGUUGGUUCUUUUAAUCAUCAAGAACAACAACAACAACUCAUGGCUAAGGCAGAUCAGGAGGAGGAGGUGCAGCAACCGUUGGAUUUUGAGAACAACGGCCGCAUCUGGUACCCUCCACCUCCUGAAGAUGAGAAUGAUGAUGCUGAGAGUAACUACUUUGCGUAUGACGAUGAUGACGAUGAUGUUGUGGACUCUGCUACCGAGUUUUCAUUGAGUAGUAGCUUCUCUAGAGAGAAGCUUGGAGAGAGCAGUAAUGAGCCUUUUAGAACGGUGGUGCAUGACCAUUUCAGAGCUCUUGUUUCAGAGUUAUUACGUGGUGAGGAGCUUGCUCCUUGUGAUGAUGAUGGCAGUGCUGGGGACUGGCUUGAUAUUGUCACUGCUUUGGCAUGGCAGGCUGCGACUUUUGUAAAGCCUGAUACUCGUGCAGGUGGUAGUAUGGAUCCAGGGAACUAUCAUCCUUGUCCGGGGAAUAGUGUGUAG